GUGGGGCUCAUAAGUAGGUACAUGAGUACUUCGUUGAUGGCAACUAUUGCAAGUCCAGCAUUCAACCUCCACCUACCUAAGUAGCGGAUCCGAGCGAUUCUUCGAGUUCCAAUACCCUCCACAACACACACCGACACACCGCGCAUCGUCGAAUAUGAGCACUCUCCUCUUUGUUUCCCAUGUCAUCGGACUGGCCUGCGGCGCCCUCGGAGCUCCGAUCGAAGAUUUGCGACCGCCACUGGGCAACUCUUCAGCACUGCAAGAGGUGAUAGCACCGCCUUGGGUUUCCAGUCCUCGCACGCGGGGAACCUUCGAAAUACUGUACAAUUGCAGUUUCACGCUCGCCCUCUGCGUCUACACCGUCAUCCAUCUGAAUGUGCUGCUGAAGGAGUCCCGGUCCUCGUUUUAUCUACGGAAGGCCAAGUGGGUCUUGAUUGCACUUUUUGGACCUGAAGUGGUACUAUACGCAGCCUGGGAGCAGUGGUAUGGAGCGAGACACUUUUGCCGGGAAUUCAAUGAGGUCCUCGAGUGGCGGUUCAAGCAGAGUGUCGAGGAGCAAGUCAACUCCGCAAGCAGCCCCCAGCCACCAGAGGUCAAAUCAGUUAUCCGGGUUUCGGGCAACGAGGAUUCGGAAAUCCGCUUAGCUGUAUCUUCAGAUGAGAAUACUGCUACCGCGAAAGAGACCCGGUCGCUCACCUUAGCGGACGGCUUCUACGCAGUAAUGGGAGGUUAUGUCAUGGAUACUCCGGUGCUCAUGGGAAGUUAUCCGGCUGGGAGAUAUACCCUCACGCCGGAUCAGAUCAUUGAUAUAGUAGGGCUAGAAGGAGACGCCCUCCCCAUCGCCAGCGCAGAAACGAUUGAGGACAAGAGUAAGGCAAACGUACUUGCCAAAUUCCUUGUUUGCUUCCAGAUUUAG